CAGCCUUCUGUUUUAUUCUUAGUCUUUCACAAACUCAUGUUGAGUGAAGCUGAACAUUUCUGUGGACAUAUGAAACUCUAAGACAAAGGUCACCAAGAUGCAGCUUGCCUCAUUGCUAGGGCUGUCUAUCUGGUUACUUUACAAUAAGGAUGUGGGGGCAGCAACCUUUAAGCUUGCCCUGGUUGGCCCAUGGUCAUGUGAUCCCCUGUUCUCCAGAGCAAUGCCAGUAGCAGCAGCUAACCUGGCAUUGUCACGGCUAAGAACCGACAUCUAUCUGAGCAGAGGAUACUGGUAUGAUGUAAAACUACUCAACGAGGACUGCUCUGUUUCCAAAGCCUUGACUGAGCUAGGGGAGAUGGAGGGUUAUGGCCAUGCAUACAUUGGACCUUUUAAUCCCACCCUUUGCCAUGCAGCCUCCUUAUUUGCCCAGCAUUGGGAGGCUGGGCUGGCAUCUCCAGGCUGUUUAGAUGCUGAUUGGCUGAACCUGCCCCCCAUAACAUCUCCUGCUAAAGUUCUCAUCACUGUUCUCAGAUUUUUCCGCUGGGCCCACGUUGCAGUCAUUUCAGCUCAAACCGAUCUCUGGGAAAGUACUGGAGAAGAAGUGGCCUCUGCUCUCCGGGCUAUGGGUUUGCCAAUUGAUCCUGUGGUUACUAUGGAAACAAAGAACAAGGGCGGGGCUCGGGACGCACUGAACGAGAUCAGACAGACCAACAAGGCCAAAGUGGUCAUCAUGUGUAUGAGCUCCAUUCUGAUUGGUGGAGAGCACCAGAAAGAACUCUUGUUGGCUGCUCUAGACAUGGGGAUGGUUGCUGAUGGUUACAUCUUUAUUCCCUAUGAUGCUCUGCUAUAUGCCAUGCCUUACCAAGACAUAACAUUCCCCCUGCUAACCAACAACACCCAGCUUCGUCACGCCUACAGCGCCGUCCUGACUGUCACCAUGGCCUCUGAUGAGAGUUUCUAUGAAACCUUUCGCCAGGCUCAGAUUACUCGAGAGAUUCGCUCUGCUAUAUCUGCUACAGAGGUGUCUCCACUGUUUGGAACCAUCUUCAAUAUGGUGUACUUUGUUGCUAAGUCUGUGGAAGAGCGUCGUCAGGCAGGUGGUGGGCACUGGGUGACAGGCAGCCAGUUCUUCAACUCAGAGGGAGGCUUUGACUUUAAGGGCUUCAACCAGGUUUUAUAUGGAGGUAAAGGUGGGGUUGGCCUUCAGGCCAAAUAUGUGGUGUUGGACAGUGAAGGCGACCGUCUCGUGCCGACACAUUCACUUGGACCGAAACACAUGGAUGGAAUGGUUGGAGGUCUGACACCUCUGAGCCGGUCAUUCUUCUUUCCAGGAGGAAAACCCCCCAAAGCCAGCUUUUGUUGGUUCAGUCCAGAAGAAGCUUGCAGCGGAGGUGUGGAUUCAGUGACACUGUUUUUUAUCUUCCUGUUGCUUUGUGGUCUGACUGCAGCUUUUUUCUUUUUUUUCAGGAAGUACAAGAGAACAGCCAACGUCACCAAAUUAAUCCUGACCAUGGACGACAUUGUGUUCAUCGACACUCAAGUUAGUAAAAAGAAAUUAAAUGACGAGUCGAUCAUGAGGAGUCUUUUGGAAAUUAAAACUCCGCUCCGCUCGAUUGCCAGAAGUUACAUCCUGACAACACCUGAGAGUUCCAACAUUGGGAUAUUAGAGGGAGACUGGGUUUGGCUGAAGAAAAUUCCUUUUGAAAAGACAACAACCUCUGUCACCCAAAACACCCAAAAUCUAUUCAGCCAGCUGCGUGAGAUGCGUCAUGAGAACCUGAAUCUGUACCUGGGAUUGUUUGUGGAUUCAGGAAUUCUAGCUCUGGUGGUCGAGCACUGUCCACGGGGAAGUCUGGCAGACCUGCUGGCAGACAGCGAUGUGAGGCUAGACUGGAUGUUCAAGUCAUCACUGCUCAUGGACCUCAUUAAGGGAAUGAAGUAUCUUCACCUACGAGGGUUGGCUCACGGUCGCCUGAAGUCCACAAAUUGCUUGGUUGAUGGGCGAUUUGUUUUGAAAAUCACAGACUAUGGUCUGCCCAUGAUUCUUCAGUCUCAAGGUGUCAAUAUUUCUGACGAUGCACAAGAUCUUCUGUGGACGGCUCCUGAACUUCUGAGGAAUGUAGUACAAACAGGUUCUUUUGCUGGAGAUGUCUUUAGUUUUUCUAUCAUUAUACAGGAAGUGAUCUCACGAACACUGCCAUAUGCCAUGAUGGAUAUGCCUGCUCAUGAGAUUGUGGAGCGUCUGAAGAAGCUACCUCCUCUCUGCAGACCUUUCGUUUCAGUGGACGAAGCUCCAGCUGAGUGUCUCAAUUUGAUGAAUGAAUGUUGGAAUGAAGACCCGAGCAAGCGGCCGAGCUUUGACGAGAUUUUUAAACAGUUCCGAGGCAUUAGCAGAGGGAGGAGGGCAAACAUCAUUGACUCUAUGUUACGGAUGUUGGAGCAGUACAGCUCUAACCUUGAGGAUCUUAUCAGGGAACGAACAGACGAACUAGAGGUUGAGAGGACCAAGACGGAUAAGUUAAUUGGACAGCUCCUGCCAAAGUCUGUGGCUCAGGCCUUAAAAAAGGGAAAGCCUGUCCAACCUGAAGACUAUUUAGAUUGCACACUUUACUUCAGUGACAUCGUUGGAUUUACAACCAUCUCAGCUCUAAGUGAACCCAUCGAGGUGGUCGACUUGCUUAAUGACCUUUACACCAUGUUUGAUGCCAUCAUUGCUACUCAUGAUGUCUACAAAGUAGAAACUAUUGGGGAUGCCUACAUGGUGGCUUCAGGGGUUCCCAACAGAAAUGGAAAUCGACACGCAGCUGAAGUGUCAAACAUGUCUCUUGACAUCCUGCAUUCAAUAGGAGCAUUUAAGAUCAAACACAUGCCUGAAAUCAAAGUGAAAAUACGCAUUGGAUUGCACUCAGGACCAGUGGUUGCAGGUGUGGUUGGACUUACCAUGCCCAGGUAUUGUCUGUUUGGAGACACAGUGACCACAGCAUCCCUCAUGGAAUCCAGUGGGCUGCCCUACAGGAUCCACAUCAGUCUUUCCACUGUCAAGGUUCUGACCAGUCUCAAAGUGGGUUAUCACAUAGACACCAGAAAGGCACAGGUAAAGGGCGCAGAGGACACAUACUGGUUGAUGGGUCGAGAUGGUUUUGAUAAACCUCUUCCUAUUCCCCCUGAUCUUGCUGGAGGGGCCAGUCAUCACGGUAUAAGUCUUGAUGAGAUUCCUGUCGAGAGACGACAAAAGUUUCUGGAUAGACAAAGCAAAAUAAAAAAAUAAACUACUUUAGUAAGGUUUUAUGCUAAAAUUGGAAACUAUUUCAUCUAGCAUAAUUAAAUGUGAAACUUUAAACUUUCUUUGAGAUAUUGAAAUGAAUACAGCUCUUAACCAACUCAAGAAAAAACUGUAAAUCAGACCACCACCGUUUAUUAUGGACACAAUACACAAACAAAAGCGAAACAUUACUUUAUCUAAAACAGCAAAAAUAUCUAAAAUCUAUCUGUGUUGAAAUAGUUAAAUGUGACAUUUUCCAAUGUGUUGAAAAAGUUGUUGACAGUCAAAGAAAAUUGUAACGUUUUCAUUCAAAUUAUUUGGGAUCCAA